AUGAAUGCGAACGACGCUCUCACACACCCGGUCCCACGACCCGACGCUAAGGUCGACCGCGUUGACCUUCCCGAUCCUGACAGGGGCGACACGGCUCAGGACGACACGGACAAGGACGCCCACAUCACCCGUCUCAUCCUCGAGAAACACGCGUGUCACAGGACGAUUGAGGAACUGCGGGACACCAUCCACCGCUUACAAAGGGAGGUGGCCCAACUCCGACGCGAGGUCGGGGCCCUCCCGGAGCCCUUCUCGGCGGACACGGAAGGGGGACCGGCGGUGUCCGCCGAUGGGGUGACCUACCGCAAGCGCGACGUGCGGCGGCUCACUGGCCUCAACACGGAGCUCGUGGAGGCGGUGGAAACGCUGCAGGCGGUCCUCACCCGGGAGCGGGCGGGGGCCGACGAGGAGCGGCACCGCCAUCACGCGGUGGUCGCCGAGCUCGACGCCGCGCGCGCCGCCCUGGAGGCGGAGAACGACGCCCUUAAGGGGCGCCUCGCGGGGGAUCUGCUCCGCCGGCGCGAGGCGAAUCGGAUGGAGGUGGCGGCGGAGAAGCUGCGGGGGGUCGCGCGGCUUCGCCUCGAGGGGCGGCGCCAGCUGGAGCGCAUGGAGGCCGCCCUAAUGGAGGCCCACGACGACCUCUACCACAUCCAGCGCGGCGACGCGCUCUUCGCCCCGCAGCGGACGGUUUCCUUUGUUUUCCAGGGUGUUUCCAUCGUGCGCGGGGACGGCGGCAGUGACGGCGUGGAGCUCGCGAUGCGCGCGUGCGACGAGAUGCUCGCGGCGGCCUGUGCGAAAUACCACGGCUACCGCGCCUGCGUGCUUUUUGACGUCGGCGUGUUCGCCUUUCAGAGCCCGCGCAGUGCGCUGGAGUUCGCGCGGGAGUGCCACGAGCAGGCGUUGGGGCUACCGUGGCCGGCGCUGGUGGAAAAGGUCGCGUGCUUCGCGAGCGUCUCCGACUUCGGCAGCGUGCUCUUCCGCGGGCCGCGGCUCCACACCUGCAUCUUCGCCUGCACGCCGGAGGUGGAGGUGGAUCCGAUCACCGGUCGCACCGCGUUCUUCGGCGCCGCGCUCGAGGAGGGGCUCCAAGCCGCGCUUGAGCUCUCGUCGGUUGGUGAAAUCGUCGUGAACGACACCUGGGCAGAUCUCCUCGCGCGCGAGGCGUGUCUGCAUGGCGAUGGCGCCCCUGCGAACCCGCCGAAGACGUUGAACCAGCCCGAACCUGGAGAUGGCACCGCCGUCCUGAGGGAUCUCGUGAUGGGGGUUCGAAACACUCUUGGAAAGACGUGGGAUGUCGUAACGCUCUCAGGCAGACACAAUAUCAUCUGCUCGAUUCUGCCAAAGUCUUUACAGGGAAGGCGCGAUCUUGGGUUGUGCGCCUUAUGGCCGACGCCGACGUUUCCUGAAAUAGGCGGAGCAGACCAUCCCACCGUCGUAAAGGCUCUUAUGCAGGCAAUGAAAGAUACGCGACCAUCUGCGAGCGCAGCUAAAAGCUUUCGUGAUCGCAUUAACGCAGGGUAUCGAAAAGAUUUGCCGCGCAUGGAGGUUGCGUAUACCGGGAUCAAGGAGUCGAUAGAAGAGACUUUUGCGCAAGAGGAUGCGGAUUCCUUCCAUGGCGAGGAGCCCGCUGUGAAUGCGGCCGCACAGCUCAUGGAGCUUCACGUACUUCAGCUAGAUAAGGAUCGGCUCCUUUCCGGCGUUCGACAACUUGGGGAGAUCUGUGCUGCUUUGGAGCGAAAGGCGAUGGAGGCUGAGGACCACUUUGUAUUGCUUAAGGAUAAUGUACUGGAAGUGUCGAAGAUCGCAUACAUAUGCAUCGUUGAUAUCGGCGACGAUAAGGUGUGGAAGCACGCCUGCACCAGAAGCCCUUCCGAGCGGGAGUAUGAGCAGCUGCGGCGAACCCUUCAAUCGUUCGUUCACGAUGCCGCCAAAAAGCAUCAUGGCUUCUUCCUGAAGGGCAACGAUGCGGAUGUGUUUGCGUAUAUGUAUGCUCAAGUAGAAGACGCGCUCGCGUUUGCGAUACAGGUGUACGUCAUGGUGAACCAGGCCGGAAAUAAUCUCUCCAACGUCGAAAACGGGAACGGAGAGGAUUCUUUUCUCUUCCGCGGAGCGAUCUCCAGCGUUCCCAUGCGCACGUUCCUUCGAAAUUACCACGAAGGUGUGUUCAAGUGCACAAAUUCGUUCAUCCGCCUCUCCGCCGCGCUUUGCAGCGUGGCUCGCUGGGGUGAGGUGUUAGCGACGGAGGACGUCAUUCAAACUUUCUACACCAAGCAAGAAAACGUCGUGGAUACCCAGUACAACAUUGUCAAGCAGUACUGUCGAUUUCUGAAGGGGUGGGGGAUCCCGGUUUCCGCCUUUUCGAUCCUCCCGAGAUCCUUCGCAUACCGCCGACAGGUUUUGUUAGAUAAGACGCAGAGCAUCGCACCCUAUCAAGGGGCUCGUUCAAUCGAGGCGGUGCUGAUAUCCGAUACCGAGGAGAUAUCGCGCGCGGCGGUGGAAUCCGUCUUGCAGCAGCAGUUGGAGCAGUUAGAGCGCGGCGAGGCCGUGCGGCUUGCCGAAGAAGACGCCUUUGAAAAGACCCCUCAGGCCGCGGAAUGGGUGCUGUGCAAUCCGUGGAUGGUAACCACACGCACGCAACACCACCAAUCGCAUUUGAACUACAAAGAAAGGUCUAAAAAGAACGGUCGGAAGGAAAAUAGCCUCUCGAACAGCCUCAACUGGGGAAGCUUUGCGAGGUAUGGGCAUCGAUUCAGCGGGGCGCCCGGUAUUUCCCGUGAGCCGUUUGCCUUUCUCUACUGUAACAUCGCUCGAGCGGCGACGAUCGUGCGUGAUUUAUCGCCCUCGCUCACGAAGGAGGUGUUUGCGCACUACAACUACAUCGUCCAGGCGAUCUUCGCGCAGUGUGGGGGGUUUGUGGCGAAAACCGACAGCGUGGCGGGCUAUUUGGUCGUGUUUGAGCGGCCCUUCUCCGCACUGGAGGCGGCGUUUCGGAUUCAAAAACGACUGUUAGCCUCCCAGUGGCCAGAGGAGCUUCGGACGCUGCCGAGCACGCUUUUCUCGCGCGAUGCGGCGACAGGAACGGUGCUGUUUAACGGCCCUCGCGUGCAGGUGGGGUUGCAUUUCUCACCGGAAUACGCGUGGCGGGCGCUUCCGCACAACCACGCCGGCGAGGAGACCUCGGGGAGGCGUCAGACGGAGCUCAGGGUGUCGAUUAAAAAAAGCGAGGAGGCCGCCUUCCCCGGGGUGCUGGAGGAGCUUCCAUUUGCGCUGAACGGGGGGCCUCUCGCGGCGUCGCUCAGCGUGAUUGACGUGAAAGGCGCGGCGUUGGAGGAGCUGUGCGGGAUCGGCCACCUCGCGUACGGCGGGGAGGUUCGAAUGAGCCUGCCUUUUCGAACCGCCCUCGCGGAGGAGGUGAGCGGGCGGCUCCUGCUCGAUCAGUUUCGCCUGGAAAUCAUCGUGGAUGCCGCGCAGGGCGGGGGGAUCCCCUUCGAGAAGGAGGGUGGGCCUGGGAAAGAGGUGGAAAAGGCCCCCCACGCGAGGGCGAAGCCCAUGAAUUCGGACGAGCUGCCUCGCGGGCGAGGGGGGGAUCGCGUUUCCCCCGGCGCUCCCCCGGCGGCGGUCGUUUUAUCGGCCGUUCCCGCCCUCCUCGAGGGUCGUCGGCGGUACUUCGCGCCGUCGGAUGAGCGGGUCUCCCUCUCGAGCAGCGUCCUGAGUGGGGAGACGACCCAUACUGGGGGGGUUCCGGGAAGAAAAGGCGGCCCGUUAAGCGCCAUCGGCGGGGGGGGAGGAGGAAAGGGAAGCCCUUUGGAAGGGUCGUUUCCGUUGCUGAAACGACCGGAAAACGGUGCGCUCGCGGGGAGUCGCCGGCCGAAAGGGCCGCUUCCCUUGCCGGCGGAGUGGGGGGUGGCGGUGCGGAGCCUCCCGCGGGCGGCGCGCGUCAGGUGGGGGGUGGGGAGCUCCGAAAGUUCCUCCCCCCCGCCGCCUUCCGAGAUGGAGCAAAUCCUUCACGCGAUGGAGCAGUUGCUCGCGCUGUUCGAGCGGGCGACCGGGGAGGAAAACGCGCUGCAAACCCGCCCUGCCGUUAGUCCCGCCACCUCCCGCCAUCCUUCCCAAACCAGCGAAGGGGAAUAUUCGUACUACCGGGUGUUUAUGUAUCACGCGACGCAGUUUCUUCAAUUUCUCUACGCGGCAAUCCGAAUCGGGGGUGAAGGGAUACGGCUGCCGUCGCCUUCCUCGGGGAAGGAGAACGGGAUCUCGCCGUUGCUCUUUGCCGACGCGUCGGAAACGCCCUUUGGCGGCUCGCUGCGCGUGCAGAGUGGGAGAAAAAAUCCCCUCUGCACGCGCGAUCGCGGACGUGUUUUAUCGCACCCCGCGGUGGUGCUCCCUCGCCUCGGAAGCCGCGCCACGGCGACCUCGCAAAAAAUGAAAAACGGCUGCUUAGCCAAUUCAAGAGGAGGGCGGAUGAACUUCCCCUCGUUAGUCCCGAUCUCGAGUGCGCGAUCGCGCUCCCCGUCGCCCUCGUCUAAAUCGCAAAAUACGGGUCGUGCGAAAGGGGGUAAAAUGGAGCCGUACCGCGAGGCGGUGGAGUACCUCGAGGAGGCCUGUCGAUGCCUCAAAAUCAGCAUCGGAACCGCGCUGGGGCGGUUUCCCAUCCGAGCCUCUGCUCCGUCGCCAAGGAGUAAACAUUUGGAGAGUCGGAUGUCAGGUAAAAUGAUGUAG